CUUGAACCCCACUGACUGGCCACUCAUCACCAGCAAACACGUUCAGUUCUGUUUUGAAUCACACGACUACGAGCAUGAAGAAUUUGGGAGAAGCUCCAAGCUAUACAACUGCGAGCAUCACUAGCCCUGGAGGCGCCACAAACACUUCGAAAGGAUCGACGACGAUUACCUCUUGUGGCUCAGUCAACUUCAUCACGUACCUCUUGUCAAGUCUGCAAACCCUGCCAACUACGGCCUUGGAAGAGUACCUUGAAUCGGGUUACAGCAAGAUAAAUAGCGACUACGCAAACAUUGAAAGAUAUGCUAAUGCGCCAAUCACCGACACCGUUGCCUAUGUAUCAUACCUCGCCUCAGAACUCAGUGUACUUACAGCGGAUAUCUCUUCCCUGUUUGGAGCAUCUGGCCGUGGGCUUCUCACUUUCCAGGAUAUAGCGUCUUACGAUCCUUGCCUUUUCUCAACAUGUUUCACGUCAUACCUGUCAGAAAGUUCGGCGAUCGCAACUCUCCUGCCUCCUGGUACUUUCUUUGAUGACCUGUACAAACCCUCUCCUCCCUGCUGCGGUCAGUGUGCAAUACAAGCCACAGGCGUUCAAAUCGCCUAUUGGCCCACCCCCGCGCCAACGCCGCCAGUAUCUCUUCUUGUCAAUUCAUACAAUGUGAGCUAUGUUUCGCCUUCGGUCUAUGUAUUCUUGACAAGCGUCAACGCCGCAAAUUUAUGUGGCCCUGUUGGACUCCUUUAUCCGAACGUCUUCACGAGUUACGCCCCCACCCAACUGAGCACAUCAACUCUUGCAACCUCGUUCUCUGGGGUUGCGCCAUCACUGGGGCUCUGGACACAAAUCAAUUACGCUGAUUUUGACAGCCCAAAAUGCCUCUGCACAACAAACUGCCAGUCGGACCCAAUUCAGCACUCAAUCCUCACCAAUAUCUGUACGCCGCAAUUGUCAUUGCCACCUGGAAUCAAUAAAAUAGACCCCCUCUGGUCAACUUGCGGUUUUAAUACAUUUGGUGUUUGGGAUCCACCUCUCGCGUUGACUCUCCAAGAUGGUCUCACCACGCCCAAAAGUACUCCCGUACAGACGACAUCCGUUGGCGGUGGUGGAAAUCCACCACCUCCACCCAUAACAACUCCAACAACUCCAGCGGCAGAGACCCUGCCUACCCCAACUACACCGAUCCCGCCAGCUACGACUCCCCCGGGAACCACCAUCGUGCCACCUCCGCCUGCGAGUUCGAAUCCAAAUCCAGGUCCAAGUCCGUCAAAUAUCUCUUCGCCGGUCAAUAAUCCUUUAGCUAGCUCGAACCCUCCUCCCGCACCUGCCCCACUUCCAUCUCCAACAAACGCCAUCACCACCGCCGUCCCACCACCUCUAGUCGUAAAUGGCCAAACAAUCACCGCCAACUCGCAAGGUGACUUUGUGGUCGGAACUCAGACCUUGACGACAGAUUCGCAAGGCAAUGUCGUGGUUGGCACUGAGACUUUAAGUGCUGGUGGCUCAGAUAUCACGGAGUCUGGAACUACAUUCUCGCUUGGGCCUGAGGUGACGCAGGUAGUUGUUGGGGGGACGUCGACUACGCAAUUAGGCAGUGUCAUUGAGUCUUUUGUUAGUGCGCCGCCUCAGUAUACUGGUGGUGCUGUGAAGAGAGUUGAUUUGGGUGGAUUGAGAAAUGUGUGGGUAGCUGUUGCAAUGUCAGCAUUGGCGGCACUAUUUUGAGGAGAGGGAGCAUAAUAAUUAAUGGAUAAUGGAAAAUUUAACGCAUAACGAACUACUAAAUGAGAUAUCAAUAAUCCAAAUACAUCGGAAGCUCUUUGUCCCAUCUUUUGGAAGGCAUCAACAUUGUGA